UCACGCUGACGCGCUGCGAGUGGCGCGCAUCACGUCGUCGUGCUUUGAAGCGUUGGAACGUGCCGAUCGAACGUGUCAUCGGGGACGCGAGUGAACCGGGCGAAGAAAAAAAAUUAAAAAAAUAAAAGCAAAGACAGUUGCGUUGUCGAGGGGUCGAAGAAGAUCCUUCGAAGGUCUUUCCGGAUAAGAAACUUGGAUUAACGCGGAGAAAAACAAAACUCGUGUCGAAAGGAGGGUUGACGAAGAGUCGGCGGUAAAAAAAAAAAAAAAAAACAAAAAACGAUGUGAGGAACAAAGUGUCGAUCAACAGAAGAAGGGAGGAAGAGGUGAACGCGAGGUGCGAGGAUAUAAGUGUAACCGAGCGUGCGAAAUUCCGGAUACUCCGAACAGAUGACGAUGUGAUUCGGUGCGUUUACGAAGGAACUGGUGCUGCACACGAUCGCGCGAUCGAUUCCCCGAUUUCCGAGAUUCGCGUCCGUGGUUCGCGGGGUCCGAGAGGAGGUUCACUGGUCCAGCGCAGCCUCCGCGUCGCGAGUUCACCGAUCUCAGUGCUCGCGCGCGAUUCGUUCCGAGCAGCCGGUUCUUCUUCUCGAUUCUUUCUGCGAGAAAUUGGUCGACGGUAGAGGAGGAUGCGCGAGUAUCGCGUGCGUGACAAUCCACAGACGCGUCGUACUCCGGACUGCGAUUAGAGCUCUCCGGCCGCGGAAAAAGGAGUUAAACACACGUACGCAGGGCCGUUUUUUGAUCAGUGUGGGUUUUUGAGACAGUGCGGAUGUACACCGUCGACGUGUUCUUCUUCUGGUGAUCGGUGUUUGAUAUGAUCGUGCCGCGUUGGUCUCGUCACGUGGAACGAUCAUGAUUUACUUUAGGCCGCACGACGGGAGGAGUCUGCGGUACAACGCGAACGCGAGGCACUUGAACGUGCUCGUCGUGCCGCUCUUUCCGCUCUGGAUUAUCGGCGCGUUCUGCGUGAAGGACAUACCCAUAUCACACAUCGUGACACUGGUCGGAGAUCCCACCUAUCUUCCAUGCGACAUAUCAACCACUCACGAAGGGGACUCGGUGCAUCUUGUGGUCUGGUAUCGUGAAGAUCUCGGUACAUCAGUUUACAGCGUCGACGCCAGAAACAAGCAGUCGGACGCCGCGACAAGAUGGGUGGAUCCAACGCUGUUCUCGAAUCGCGCUUUCUUCAUGCUGGACAGUCAACCGGCGCAAUUGGGCGUCGAACACACCAGACAGGAGGACGCCGGUAUCUACAGGUGUCGGGUGGACUUUCAGAUCGGUCAGACAAGAAACUCCAAAGUCAAUUUAACAGUAAUCGUGCCGCCGCAUCAUAUCACAAUCGUCGACACGAAGGAGAUGACCGAGAUGCGGAAUUCGAAGGUCGGGCCGUACACGGAGGGCGAGGACAUGCGGUUGUUCUGCGACGUCCAUGGCGGUAAACCGGCUCCGACGGUGUCCUGGUAUCGCAACGACAAAUUCGUCACCAACCGAACCAUGACGCCGCGCAGCGGCGUGACACGCAGCGAGCUCGUUAUACAAAAUUUAGGCCGGGACGACGUCCGCACGCUGCUGACCUGCAACGCGACCAAUAACAAUAAGUCGAUCCCGCUGUCGGCGUCUGUUCACGUAGACAUGAAUUUCAGCCCAUUGGAAGUGAGGAUAAUUGACUCGAAGCAGCCGCUGUCGGCGGGCAAGAGGUACAACUUGGUCUGCACAACUUCCGGCUCGAGACCGCCAGCUGGCGUCACCUGGUGGAGAAACGGUCAGCGCUUAGCGGAUUCCAAGGAGACCACCUCCGACGAUGGGAACACGACCACCAGCGUUUUAUCUUUCAUGGCGACGAAAGAGGACGCCGGCAGACACUUGUCGUGUCAAGCUGAAAAUCGAAUCAUGGGAACCGCGCCGAUAGAGGACGACUGGGUUCUCCAGAUACAAUACACGCCGGAGACGCAGAUCCGCCUCGGCACGUCCCUGAAUCCGAACAACAUACGCGAGGGCACGGACGUCUACUUCGACUGCCUCAUCCAGGCGGAACCGAUGGUUUACAAGGUUGAGUGGCGUCAUCAGGGUAAGACGCUCCAUCACAACGCUACGCAGGGCAUUAUAAUCAGCAAUCAGAGCCUGGUGCUGCAGAAGGUCGAUCGCAAAAACGCCGGGAAUUACACGUGCGUGGGAUACAACACCGAGGGCGACGGCGAGAGCUUGCCCUUUUACCUCGACGUGAUGUUCUCUCCCACGUGCAAGCCGAAUCAGACGAAGGUGCACGGCGUGGCGAAGCAAGAGAAGGCGAAUAUAUCCUGUCAAGUGGAUGCAAAUCCACCGGAAGUGGAAUUUCGAUGGACCUUCAAUAACUCGGCCGAGAGUAACGACGUCGCGCCCAGUCAUAUCGCGAAGAUUGGCACAUCCUCCAUCGUCUCGUACACACCGAUGUCGGAAUUAGAUUACGGCACGCUGCUCUGCUGGGCCAAGAAUCACGUCGGCCAACAACAAGUGCCCUGUGUCUAUCACAUUAUACCGGCUGGUCGACCUGACAUGGUUCACAACUGCACCACCUCGAACACGUCGACCAAUUCGUUCUCGGUGCGAUGUGCGGAGGGUUUCAACGGCGGGCUGCCGCAGUCCUUCCUGCUGGAGGUGCGCGAGAGCAACAGCCAGGAGUUGCGUGCCAAUAUGACGUCGAUGGUGCCGCGUUUCAGCGUCACUCAUCUGGAGUCGGGCGCCCUUUAUCAGGCCUGCAUUUACGCCUACAACGACAAGGGUCGCAGCGAGGCGAUGGUGGUUCAGGCAGGCACCUUGAGGCUGCCGGAGAAACAAUUGACGUCCGAAUCCGAGCGACCGAGGCAUCACGUUCCGCUGACGCCGAUGGUGAGCGUGAUGAUCGGUGUGGUGACGGCCCUCAUAAUCGUCGCGAUCAUAGUGAUGGUGAUUUUACGACUUCAGCACACGCACGUGGACGAGCAGCACAAGUCGCAAAUGGAAGAUCACGCGAAGCAGACAAAAGCCGUUCCGAUACAAAGAGAGCUGCGAUUCCGCGAGGGAUCGAGUCUGCUCGCGGACGAGAAGCAUCCGAGCAGCCCGUUUAGAAAGCUGGACACAAGCGGCGAUCUCAGCGAGAGCGACGAGAAGAAUCCGGACAUCAUCCCACAGCAGAUUACCGGCGACGAACCAUCGGAAUAUCUAAGGAAGAGACGUCUGGUGUCAACGAUCGAGACGUCACCGUCGAGGAGUCUUCUCGAACACUCGACGGUGACUUCCAUCAGCGGACACAGCAGUUAUGUUGGUUACUGCACGAUCCGCAACGGCAUGCCACUCCAUGAGUUCUCGAACUUGUCAACGAAGCACAAAAGCUUUCAGCCGAUGGCGGUGGGCGACGUCUACGAGAGUGGCGUUUGCACCUUGCCGAGGCAACACUGGCCCAGCCAGAGCGUUCAAUCGAUGUCGAUGACGGUGAGUCCUCCGAUGCUGUACGCCGGUCUGGGUGUCGUCACCAGAACGACCUGUCCGAGCGGCACGCUCCUGACGAAGGACUGCGAGACACGAAUACCCAGCCAGUGCUGUCCGGUGGCUCAGCCGCAGAAAGACGCGACAAUAGGCACGCCGGUGGUGAUGGCCAAGAGGGAGAGCUCCGUGUGACCCUACACCCACCACGGGGCCUGUACCUGCAGCGUGAGCGAGCUGCUGUGAACCACGCCAUUUGUCAAUCACGAGAUAUAGCCGCGAUCCCCGAACAACGCGAAAGUCCAAAGACGUCAAACAAUUUCGAAAACGUUCACAGGUCGUGCAAAGAUCAUCUUUUUUAACGGACAGACAAAAGAGUUUCUAUAUCAGAGACGUUUUUUGAGAAACGUUGUCGUGUACACUUGUUGUUAAUUUAAUGUUUGACGAGAUUAUAAAAUGUCUUUCGUUUUUUU